AUGCCUUUCGGCCUGCGAAACGUCGGAGCCACUUAUCAGCGGCUCAUGGACAAGGCCUUCGAAAAACAAAUCGAUAGAAACUUAGAAGUAUACGUUGACGAUUUGGUAAUGAAGAGCAGGGAAGAAAAACAAAUGCUUGAAGACAUUGAAGAAACCUUCAAAAAGCCCAGAGAAUACAAUAUUAAGCUCAACCCCAAGAAAUGUUCAUUUGGGGUAGAGGAAGGCAAGUUCUUGGGGGUAGUUGUCACCCGGGACGGCUUUAAAGCUAACCCGGAAAAGGUAGCCGCCAUAACGCGUAUGCCCUCUCCCAGUACUUUGAAAGAAGCGCAAGCAUUAAAUGAGCGUCUAGUGGCUAUAAACAAAUUCUUGGCAAGACACGCCGAGAGCGGGAAAGGUUCCGGGGUAGGUCUCAUGCUGAUAAGCCCAGAUGAAAUAAGGCUGAUGUACGCAUUAGGUUUUGAUUUUGAAUGCUCUAAUAACGAAGCAGAAUAUGAGGCGCUACUCGCGGGUUUGAGGAUGGCCCAAUCUAUGGGAGCCACAAGAGUUGACGCGUAUGUUGACUCUUUAUUGGUUAAUAAUCAAGUCAACGAAACUUACGAGGCGAAGGAUGAAUCAAUGGCAAAAUAUUUGGCUAAAACAAAGGAGCUCAUAGCUUCCUUUGAUAAUGUCACGCUUAAUCACGUCCACAGGGGAAAAAACCAAAUAGCAGACGCCUUAAGCAAACUUGCUACUUCAGGCAUGGAAAGUGAAGUAAAGGUAGAAACGUUGCAAAUGCCUUCUAUUGAACCCCGGGAAGUUUCCGCCCUGACGGCAGAAGAACCCUGUUGGUACACUCCAAUACUAAAGAUCCUCACAAAAGGUGAAUUACCUCCCACCAGGGGUGAAGCCCAAAAGAUCCAAACCAAGGCAUUGCAAUAUGAAGUCAACAAUGGCGUCCUCUACAGGAAAUCAUACUUGGGACCACUACUGCGGUUUGAAUCCCCAGCAGAGGCAAAAUACCUUAUCCAAGAAAUACACUCGGGCAUAUGUGGCAUUCACGCGGGACCCCGGGAUGCAUGA